CACUUCAUAAUAACCUGUACAAUAGUUACUCAUCCCUCUCCUCCCAACUUUUUGUCUCCCUUACAUCCCUUCUGCUCCUUGUUCUGCUGAUUGCAUUGCCUCUCCUUCAUUGUCCUCCUUUCUACACCACCUUCCCUUUUGCAUUCACAUUCUUGCAUCUGCAUUGUCAACCAAUGCCGAGCAAAUUCUUCAAAAAUCCUAUACACUUGCAUACUUCUUCCUGCUCUACAGUGCAAGCAACAAUUGAUGAGCACACACUUGCAACAAUGUCCAUGUACAUCUACUCCCAUUGUGCUACCCCUUCUCUUACUUGGCCCACACUGUAUGCAUUUACAUUCCUCUGUGCCAGGCAUGACACCACAUUGAACAGGAGUAGUAGCCUAUUGCUCACACCUAUUCAAGAUGAGUUGAAUCUGUCCACAUCUUCCACUUCACCCUUGCCCUUCAAUCCAGAACGUCCCAGAGAUACACCUUUGUAGUCAUCUGUAAUGGCUCAGUUUACUGUACCUCUGAUUGUGAGACAUAGCCAGAGCAUACAAUGUGCACUUACAGACACAGCUUUGCUUGCUACUCAAAUCAGUUCAUUCAAUACUCUGGAUCUCAACCCUGGUGCACUACUCACACUUGCUACAUGCUGUCAUACAAGUCAACCUCCAAACCUGCCUCACAAGUGCAACCUUGACCUCUACAAUCUGUACAAUCUCACAAUCCACACACAACUCAACUUGCAGGGACAGAGUGGCAACCAAGGCAUAGUGACAAAGACUACCUCAAACAGCUGAGGAACACAUUUGUUCUCUAUUGU